CACUGUCAUCCUUCACACAUCUUCCACUAUUUUUAGUUACUAUAUAUUUCUUGAACCAAUUUUCAAGAAUCUUAAGUUGGUUGGUCCUGAAAAAUCAAGACAACAGGCACAUCACAAAGAAGAUGGUGAAUACCACACCUUCAUUUGGAAUUUUGACUAUGUCAAUAGUUACUCUUGUUCUAAUGCUGCUGCUUGACUCUAGCCAAAGCCUAAGGCCAUAUCAUUUUACCUACCAUGGGAAAGGAACAAACAUGGAUGACAAAAACCAUGUCCACCUUAAGGAAGAAAGAAAAGGAGAUGUGUUAGGAAUGGAGCUGUAUCCAACAGGAUCAAGUUUACCAGAUUGUUCCCAUGCUUGUGGACCUUGUUUCCCUUGUAAAAGGGUAAUGGUGAGCUUUGCAUGCUCCACAGAGUCAUGCCCUAUGGUCUACAGGUGUAUGUGUAGAGGAAAAUAUUAUCAUGUCCCUUCCAAUUGAUCCAUAAUGCCCGAAAACUGAGUCGCCACGAAAAGUUGUCACUGAAAAUUCAAUUUAAUUUCCUCUAGUGUAUGUUUAUUAUGAUGUACUAGCUAGUGAGUGAUAUGCCUUGUUGCUUUUCAAUCGUUUGGAUUAUGCCUGAUUUAGUUUAAUUUGCUUCAUGGGAAUAGAGAGUUCAGUAGACCAUGUAGAAGAGGCUUUUACUUUUAGUAAUGUGGCAUAAAGAUUUUGGUAGUCCUUGUAAAUACGAGGAAUUGCAAGAGUUUUGUCGGUUAACUUAAGUCAGUGAAGUUAUUAGAAUGUUCUCUUUGCUUAAUUUCUCCAAGGCUUUUUGUACUAUUUAUUUGCAUCAUGAUGAUGCUACGUACUAGAGUAUUAAUUAUGACUAUGGC